AAAAAAAAAAAAAAAAAAAGAAAAACUUAAAAAAAAAAAAAAAAAAAAAAAAAGAGACGAGUUGGCUAAUGGAGCAAGUGACGAACGGGAGCAGCGGCUAUGGAGCGCAUUUGACUCCCUCAACUGUGUCCUGGGGCGAAGAUGUGGACGGCAUCAGCGGCAGCGGAAUGGGCCAUCUUUUCUGGUUCACGACGAUCAGUAGUGGCUCCAUUGUGGACGACGUGGCCAGAGGUGGGCUGAUGUCGGGAGCCGGUCCAGUCGGUGAUAACCUGGACGACUCGAACAGCGGAUCGAGCACGAUCGCAAUGAUCGAUUCGGACGGAAUCGACCUGUUGUCCAGCAUCGGUCCAUCGCUGGGCGGUAUGGAAGGCGAACUCGGCGGUUCGACGCCGACCUACAUCGCUACGAUUUGCAUCAUGAGUAUUAUCCUUUUGGUCGGCAUCACCGGCAACGUCCUCGUCCCCAUCGUCAUCGCCCACAGCAAAGAUCUUCGCAAUUCGACCAAUAUCUUUCUGGUCAAUCUGGCUCUUGCCGACCUGCUAGUCAUCCUCAUCUGCCUGCCGACCGGUUUCGUCGAACUUCAUUCCACUCCUGGUGUCUGGUACCUUGGAGAAACCAUGUGUUUGGUGGUGACUUUUGUGGAAUUGAUUGCUCCGCACACCUCAGUGCUGACCAUCCUGGCCAUCAGUUUUGAACGCUAUUACGCCAUCUGUCAACCGUUGAGAGCCGGCUACGUAUGCACCAAAAGCCGUGCUAUGGCCAUUUCCCUAUUCACUUGGCUAUGCGCCGGCCUUCUCACCAGUCCAAUCAUCGGCCUGACAAACUAUGGCUUCGUGCUAGACGACCCGGAGCCAUCGUGCGGGCCAUCGGUGGAAGACUAUUGGACCAAGUUCUAUUACAUGGCAUCGUUCAUGCUCUUUUUCCUCAUUCCUUGCAUCAUUCUUCUCGUCCUUUAUGCGCUUAUCGCCCAACAUCUGAUCCGAGAACCGGCGCGCAUCAGCAACCCAUCGUCGGCCGGAGUAUCGUCGGCCGCGUUGGCCGCGACAGCAAUUGUGGCGGGAGAGAACCACGCGCUGGGCGGUGGCAGCGGCAGUCGACAACCGAGGAGGAGGAAUCGAAUCCAGCGCCAUCAAAACUCCAAUCGAGCACGCAGGCAAGUGGUGGCGAUGUUGGGCGCUGUGGUAGUCAGCUUUUUUGUUUGCCUGCUGCCCUAUCGGCUGCUGUCGCUGUUCCAGGAAUCGGAAGGCAUUAGUCCCGAAAUAUUUUACAUGCUCGUCAAUUUCUGUCGCGUCAUGGUUUACCUGAAUUCGGCUAUCAAUCCGAUCUUGUACAACCUGAUGUCGUCCAAGUUCCGCAACGGCUUCUUGCGACUGUUCGGCUUGAAGGGCUUCGCCCGUCAGGGCACCGUCACCAGUUCGUCCAUGACCAACACGAACACGACCAGCACAACAGCGUCGUCGUCGAACGCAGUUGCGCAAGCCAACGCUUCGCUAGCCCAUCACGGCACACUGUCGCUGCACCGACCUCUUCAUUAUCGUCUGUCCAGUCAACAGCCUACCUGAACUAUCAAUCCCCAUUUUAUCUGCCGUUGAUAUGCAGACAAUUGGGCUCUCACAUUGACAACCUAAAUACAUAAUUGUUUUGGUUUUUU